CGCAUGCGCCCGUUUACCGCCUUCUUCGCCUCCCUGCAGUGGCCGUAGCUGCCGUAGUAGCGGCUUUCUUUGCCCCGGCUUCGUUUGGGCAAAGGCCGGACAUGCCGCCCCCAGGCCAAGUCCGGAUGCCCGAUUGGGACUCGCUGAAGCUCCGCGUGCAGGCUCUGAUCGGAUCCCACCGGGUCAUGAUCUUCAGCAAAAGCCUGUGCCCCUACUGCAGCAAGGUAAAAGAACUUUUUCAUUCUCUGGGAGUAGAAUACAGUGCUUUGGAACUUGACAAGAUAGAUGAUGGCCCCAGUAUUCAGGAAGUAUUACUUGGAUUAACAGGCCAGAGGACUGUCCCCAAUGUGUUUGUGAAUGGAACUCAUGUAGGUGGAUGUGAUCAAACUUUCCAGGCUUACCAUAGCGGCUUAUUGCAGAGGCUUCUAGGAGGUACCAAAAAUGAAGAGACGGAAGCCUAUGAUUAUGACCUAAUUGUUAUUGGCGGGGGAUCUGGAGGACUUGCAUGUUCCAAGGAAGCUGCUGUCUUGGGAAGGAAGGUCAUGGUGCUAGACUAUGUUGUGCCAACACCCACGGGUACUACAUGGGGACUUGGUGGCACAUGUGUAAAUGUGGGCUGCAUUCCUAAGAAGCUGAUGCAUCAGGCUGCCCUUUUAGGCCAGGCUCUACAGGAUUCAAGGAAGUUUGGUUGGGAGUAUGACGAGCAAGUAAAACACAAUUGGGACACCAUGGUAGAAGCAAUCCAGAACUACGUAGGAUCCUUGAACUGGGGCUAUCGGGUGGCCUUGCGUGAGAAAUCGGUGACAUACCUCAACGCAUUUGGAGAGUUCAUUGGGCCGCAUAAGAUUAAGGCAACCAACAGGAAAGGACAAGAAACUUCCUACACAGCUCAAACAUUUGUUAUAGCCACAGGGGAGAGACCUCGAUAUCUAGGUAUCCCAGGAGACAGAGAAUACUGCAUUACAAGUGAUGACCUCUUCUCCCUCCCCUACUGCCCUGGGAAGACUUUAGUUGUGGGAGCUUCUUACGUAGCUUUGGAAUGUGCAGGAUUUCUUGCUGGCCUUGGUAUGGAUGUCACAGUUAUGGUACGCUCAAUCCUCUUGCGUGGCUUUGACCAAGAAAUGGCAGAAAAAGCAGGCGCAUAUAUGGAAACUCAUGGUGUGAAAUUCAUUAGGAAAUUUGUUCCUGUUGAGAUUAUGAAGUUAGAAGAUGGCAUGCCUGGAAAACUCAAAGUGGUUGCAAAAUCCACUGACGGAUCACAAAUCUUUGAAGGCGAAUACAACACUGUUUUGAUAGCUGUUGGUCGUGAUGCUUGUACCAAAAACAUUGGCUUGGAGAAAAUUGGUGUGACAGUUAAUGAAAAGAAUGGAAAAAUACCUGUAAAUGAUGAAGAACAAACUAAUGUGCCUUAUGUUUACGCUGUUGGAGAUAUUUUGGAAGGAAAACUUGAACUUACACCAGUUGCCAUACAGGCAGGCAAACUGUUAGCCCGCAGGCUUUUUGGAGGGAAUUCUACAAAGUGUGAUUACAUUAAUGUGCCAACUACAGUGUUUACACCUCUGGAAUAUGGUUGCUGUGGAUUGUCAGAAGAGAGAGCCAUUGAACGACUUGGAAAGGAGAAUAUAGAGGUAUAUCACACUCUGUUCUGGCCUCUUGAGUGGACGAUACCUGCUAGAGACAACAAUACUUGUUAUGCAAAAGUAAUCUGCAAUAAGCUUGACUGUAACCGUGUGAUAGGAUUUCAUGUUCUUGGACCUAAUGCUGGGGAAAUUACUCAAGGCUUUGGAGCUGCAAUAAAAUGUGGCAUCACCAAGGAAUUGCUUGAUGAAACCAUUGGUAUACAUCCAACAUGUGCAGAGGUGUUCACAACAAUGGAAAUUACAAAGGCUUCGGGGCAAGAUAUCAGUCAGGCUGGCUGCUGAGGUUAAAUCCUGCUGUUUAAAUUGUUUCUUGUUGGCUCCAUUUACCUAUAUUGAAGAUUUUCAGAAGCAUUUAAAUGGGUAAUUAAGAAUGUUAUCAGAUUGCAGAAUAUUGCUUCUACGAUGAUGCAUUUCUGAAACUUCUUCAAAGGGUAAUGGUGGCUAAAGGAAACACUAAACAGCAGGUAAAUUAAUUCCUGACUUGCUUAGAAUGGCACUUAAAUGCUUUCUUGAUGUCUCGGCUCUGAACCUCAUCUGAAGGCGAGCUGCGAUUGAUGACUUCUCUGCAACGUUGGGAAAACCUAUUCGUCCAACCAAGUUGAAUUCCAGAAGAACCUCUGAUUUGCACAAGUGAAAUUCUUUUCAGUGCUUUGUAUGAAUGCAGUGGCACAGCUGAAUGAGUAGUUAAUCAUUUUUUCUGGCAAUUACUCCCCUAGCUCAGUUGGAUCAGUGGUGCAUUUGUUCUUUUAAGUAUCCUGGUUUUGUCAUUCAUUGAAAAACACAUUUGGACAUUUAAUGCAUUACGUUCCCUUUAAAAAGAAACAUGAAAGCUCAUAGAGCAUAUAAUAGGGGAUUUUUAAUCCACAGUUGCUUUGUGGGGGGGGGGUGGAGGUUAUCACUGAUAUAAACUGUGGAACAGGUUGUGCUUUGGCAGAACAAAGUCCAACGUGAUUAUCCCUGAGGAGUUAUCUUUCCACACUUCCUCCCUCCAUUUGACUACUAGGAAAAAAAUCCUGAGAGAGAUAUGCUUCUGGUAAUCUUUAUCUUCAUUUAUGCAGUAACCAAGUGGUUUCAGCCAGAAAAUAUUUGGUCUGGAGGAUUGCUAGUAUGCAAAUAAUUCACUUAAAUUCUCAGAACAGUGGGUUUGUAAAGAAUCUCUGUAAAUAAGUAGUCUGAAUUCAUGUAUUGGUAUUCCUUGCUUAUUUUCAUCCUUGGUAUUCCUUGCUUAUUUUUAGAAAGUAUACUUGGGUUUUGUUCAUUUUGUCUAAAAACGUCAGUUUUGAAAUGCUUUAUGUCAAAAGCUGUAUCAUAUUAACAGUUUUUAAACUAUUUAUGGUGUAUCAUGGAAUUUAAAGUUCAAUAAAAUGAGC